GCCCGUGGUUACGGAGGACGAUAAAACCCUAGCCCUCGCUGCGCUUGGCUCUCUUGUACGCACAAACCUUAGCUAGAGCUCAGAGAGAGGAUCCGGCGCUCAGAAUUGAAGCGAUGGAGGCGGCGAGAACUGUGAAAGAUGUGUCCCCGCAUGAGUUCGUCAAGGCCUACGCUGCUCAUCUCAAACGCUCCGGCAAGGUUGAGCUUCCUCCCUGGACCGACAUUGUGAAGACUGGUAAAUACAAGGAGCUCGCUCCGUAUGACCCUGAUUGGUACUACAUCCGAGCCGCUUCAAUUGCUAGGAAAAUCUAUCUGAGGGGAGGUCUUGGAGUUGGGGCUUUCCGCAGGAUCUAUGGUGGGAGCAAGAGGAACGGGAGUCGUCCACCCCAUUUCUGCAAAAGCAGCGGUGCAGUUGCAAGACACAUCCUUCAGCAGUUGCAAAACAUGAACAUCGUUGACUUUGAUUCCAAGGGUGGGAGGAGAAUCACAUCAAGCGGCCAGCGAGAUCUUGAUCAAGUUGCGGGAAGGAUUGCUGCUGUUGCUCCUUAGAGAUGAAAAGCAUGCAUCAAUUACCCAUGGAUUUGGAUUUGUAAUGGCAGUUCUUUGGAUGAGAGUAGAUUUAGACUACUGUUGAAUCAAUUUUCUGCAUGGUGCCCCCCCCAGCAUAUGAUUAAUCAUUUUCUGCCGUCUCCCAGUUAGUUUUUGAUAUUCCCUUUGUUCUGGUUGAUGGAACUUCUUCAAUCAACAGUACUAGGAAGACUUAAUGAUAUUUUUUUCCCUUCGAUAAUAGUGUUUAUUAACUUCA